AUGUGUCCACGUAGGUCUCGGUCAGCCAGAAAGAAGUCGAAAGAUCCCAGCAUCAAAGAUCAUUGAAGCUCCACACUCCACACCCAGUCUCCUCACAAUUUCGAACAUCACAUCCAACACCACUACCAGUUCCUAGCUCGAAAAUCAUGUCUUUGCGAUCAUCUAUGAGAGUAGCUGCGGCUACUGUGGCUAGAGAGUUGCAGGAUACCAUAUCUUCAAUCGAGACUGUGGGUGAAGGAGUCCACGCCACGACGAAAACAACCACCAUUACGAUCACUACUACCAGCGUUACCCCCGAUGAUGUUACUGUCACAGGAGCCGAUGAGGUAUCGACUUGGGAAGAUGGAACUUGGUUGGUAACCAAGAUGGCUCUCAAAAUCACUGGACUCGUGUUGAUUGGACUCCUUGUAGUUCUAAUCGGUGAAUGGAUUCGCCGCAAGCACUUCAUCAGGGAUCUCCUUCGCCAACGCGAAAUUGAACGCUUGCGAGCAAUCCAAGAGGAGAAAGAACGGCAGCAGAAGGUCACAGACAGCUUGAAGCUUGUUGAGUGGAAGAGCCUGAACUCCACUCAGUUCAGAGAGGCCAUGAGCACGAUGUCAACGACGGACCCUAGUGAUGACAGCUCGGACUCAGACGAAGACGAUUGUGCGUCUCAUAGCAGCCAUGAUGAGAAGUGCGAUCUCAAAUCUCCUCCAGUGAAGCAAGCUGAUUCUGAACUCUGUUCCGUUAGCGAGAAAAAAUGCUGCGCAGAGACCGACCCCACAGCGGUCUCUGCCGUGCAGCAAACUGAUGCAGGCAACAUGCCGGAAGAAGAUGAAGAAGAAGACUGUAACAUUUGCCUAACUUCAUUUGAAGAGAAUGAGAUGGUGGCCAUGUCCAACAAUCCUGAUUGCAAACACGUUUUCCACAAGGACUGCAUCGCUUCGUGGCUAUUCAAGCAUGAUGGCUGUCCCGUCUGCCGAAGACCAUACCUUGACGCCGAACAAGCGGAACAGGCUGAGCCAGUCAGUGACACCCAAAACGAAGAAGUGACAAUGACUGCGUAGGAUACGUCCUCCUAUCAUUCUUGAAUGUUCCGUAUAUGGUGGUUUCUGAGUUUCUGUUUCGCUAUAGCCGUGUACAAUACAAUACUCCUCCUCCGAGCAAAACUUCCUGCUUCCACCUCCAAUAGAUAUGAUUACGUAAACUUCUCAGAACGUCUCAAAACUAAACACAGUAUACU